AUGGCAACUUGUCUGCGUUACCCGGGCAAGGUAGUGAUUGUGACUGGUGGCACCGGUGGCAUUGGCCUCGCCAGCGUGAGAGAAUUUGUUCGCCAAGGUGCCAAGGUGGUCUUCUGUUCACAAGCAUGUGGAGCGGAAAGGGGACAAGCAAUUCAGAGGGAGCUGCAGGAUUCUGGGUGCCCAGGCGAGGCGUUCUACCAAGUCUGUGAUGUCACCAAUGAGGCAGACAUACAGAGGCUCAUUUUGGUAACUAUAGAACGUUAUGGAUGCCUGGACUGCCUGGUGAACACUGCUGCAGAUGGUGAAACUGGAACAAUAGAUGAUGUGACUGCCGAAGACUUCCGCAACCACAUGGAAAUCAACGUUGUGAGCUGUUUGUUAACCUCAAAGUACGCACUGCCCUACUUACGGGAAACAAGAGGAAACAUCAUCAACAUUGGCAGUCUUCGUGCUGUCAUCGGAGGGAAGAAUGUUUUGUCCUAUGCAUCAAGCAAGGGUGCUGUGAUCGCAAUGACCAAAGCCCUGGCCAUAGACGAGAGCAAAUACGGAGUGCGAGUCAACUGCCUCUCACCAGGUAAUAUCUGGAUUCCUUUGUGGGAAAAGUAUGCCAGUCAGAGCCCCGAUCCAGAGGCAACAAUCCGGGAAGCCGAAUGUCAUCAGCUUCUGGGACGUAUUGGGACCGCGGAAGAGGCAGCCUUGGGUGUCCUGUACCUGGCUGCUGAUGGAACUUUCUGUACUGGUUUCAACCUUGUGAUCAGUGGUGGAGCGGAAGUUGGCUUUGGGACAAAGGAAGUGAUGGAUCCUCAGCCUGGCAAAAGUGCAGCCAUUUUCUCCAGGAGAACUGAUUUCUGUAGGUUGGAUAGCAGUCAUAGUUCUGGGAGAUGUCCGGGCCCCACUUGGAGGUCGGAAACCUUAAACCAGCUAUGGAACGCAGACUCUUCUUCAAGCAGAGCGCUGGCGCGCCAAAGGACUACAUCUCCCAGCAUUCUGCGAGAUACGGACCUUGCAAACCACAUGCUGCGUGCGGCUGCUACUUUCCUGCAAAACCAGCUGGAUUUCGGUCCUUGGGAGGCGGCUGCGAGGCUAACUGCAGAUAUGGCCGCUGGGCUGCGCUACUCGGGCAAGGUUGCCGUCGUUACCGGGGGCACCAGCGGCAUCGGUUUGGCCAUCGUGAAAGAAUUUGUUCUCCAAGGAGCCAGGGUGGUCUUUUGUGCCCCGGGAUCUGAAGAAGAAAGGGGACGAGCAAUUCAGAAGGAGCUGCAAGAUUCUGGGAGUCCGGGGAAAGGUUACUUCCUGGUCUGUGAUGUCCGCAAUGAGGUGGACAUUAAGGCAUUGAUUCUGGCGACUAUAGAAUGCUACGGACGCCUGGACUGCCUAGUGAACAAUGCUGGAGGGCAUCCUCCUGACCAAACAAUAGAUGACGUGAGUGCUCAAGAGUUCCGUAGCCUCAUGGAUCUCAAUGUGGUGAGCUGUUUCUUAGCAUCAAAGUUUGCAUUGCCCUACCUACGGGAAACGAGAGGGAACAUUAUCAACAUUGCCAGUCUUGUGGGUAGUAUUGGGCAAAAGUAUGCUGUGCCGUAUGUGGCCACCAAGGGUGCUGUUACUGCAAUGACCAAGGCCAUGGCUAUAGAUGAGAGCAAAUACGGAGUUCGAGUCAACAGCAUCUCACCUGGGAAUAUCUGGACGCCUUUGUGGGAAAACUUAGCAAGCCAGACAGCCAAUUUGGACGCAGCAAUCCAGGAAGGCAGCAAUGCUCAGCUCCUGGGACGGUUUGGGACCUCAGCAGAAGUGGCGGCGGCUGCUCUCUACCUUGCUGCUGAUGGCACCUUCUGCACUGGGAUUGAUCUUGUGCUCAGCGGUGGCGCUGAACUUGGCUAUGCAAAGAAGAACCUGGCAGAUCCCAGUUUGGCCUGCGAAGGCUAGUGGAUUAGAGCUUGGAGCCAGCUGAGACUUCUUGAGGAAGUGAACGAACAGGGGUGGGUAGAAGAAUUAGAUCUGCGGCUUACGCUUCAUUUUUGAAAGCCUGGCUAAAACCUUCCCUUUUGUGGCAGGUCUUCAUUUUGCUAAUUCUCUGUAAACCUGAAAGCCGCAGCCGUCCACAAGCCCCUUUUUUAAAAAAAGUCUCUGUAUGUGGAUUGUGGUGCCACCUGCAGGUCCUUGUGUGGACAGCGCUCUGCUGCUUGUUGCUUUGAAUGGAAUUUGGAGUGCUCUCUA